CGCCUGCAUCAUACUGGAGACCCCGUUGAGAGGAUCUUUUCUCUCUAUAAAGACAAGAUGCUGCUCGGGCGUCUUUGAGAUGUUCGCGCUGGAUUUUUACAGAGCGCACCUCUGUUGAUAACUUCAGCUAUCAACUGAUCUAAACUGUCUGCAAACCAAAACAACAUUUCCCCGGUGGGGCUGCGGAGCUUUUUUUUUUUUUUUUUGAAUGAAACGGGAUUUAUCCAGAUUAGCGCUCACCUAAAGUGUCGGGAGUCCUUUAAGAUCCUGGAUGCGCGCAUUUUGCCGCAUCUCCGGCUGUAGUUUCGGAUUUCGUGCGUCCUCGGAGCAGUUUGUGCUGCAGGCGGGGAAAAGCAGCGGAAGGACAGAUGGCUGCGCUCACGAUACAGAGGACUGACAACUUUCUACACACCUUUUUGCAGGACCGGACGCCCAGCUCCUCUCCGGAGGGAGCGCCCAACGCCCUCUCCUUCCUGGCCACCACCUGCAGCCAGGCCUGGCAGGUGGGCGGCACCAUGGGCUCGGACGGGUCCCAGUUUCCCUACGAGGGCACCGUCAGCUCCACGUCUGGAAUGUUUCAGCUCUGGAGCAACGACAUGAACCCCAGCACGGCCCUCAGCACGCACCAGAUGACCUUAACGGUGCCCAAGGUGCAGUUUCCCGGGCACAUGCAGUCCGGCCUGGGUCACCCUCAUCAUCACCACCACCACCACCACCAUCCUCAUCAUCAUCAUCACCACGAGCUGCCUCUAACCCCUCCAGCUGAACCCGCGUCCUACUCCUUUGAACUGUCCCCUGUUAAGGUGCUUUCCUCCCAGCCGCAGUCCAGCAGCCCUUAUUAUCCCCAACACAACAGCGUGGGACAAAACUUCCCCAGCUUUCUGCAGAACUCCUCCGCCAGGCAUCACCUGUCGGGCGGCCAUGUGGAGGACGGGCAGCAGUGGUGGAGCCUCCCCCCGAACAACACCGCUCCGGCCAACCACCCCUUCUCCCUGGGCAGGCAGCUGGUUUUGGGUCACCAGCCGCAGAUAGCCGCUCUCCUCCAGGGCACCUCCAAGGGUCUGCUGAGCUCCACGCGUCGCUGCCGGCGAUGCAAAUGCCCGAACUGCCAGAGCAACGGCGCGGGGCUGGAGUUCGGCAAGAAGAGACUGCACAUCUGCCACAUCCCAGAGUGCGGCAAAGUGUACAAGAAGACGUCCCACCUGAAGGCGCACCUGCGCUGGCACGCCGGGGAGAGGCCCUUCAUCUGCAACUGGCUCUUCUGCGGCAAGAGCUUCACCCGCUCCGACGAGCUGCAGCGGCACCUCCGCACGCACACCGGGGAGAAGAGGUUCGGGUGUCAACAGUGUGGCAAGCGCUUCAUGAGGAGCGACCACCUCUCCAAACACGUGAAAACCCACCAGAGCAGGAAGGGCCGGUCAGGGCAGCCCUCUCAGAGCACAGACCCAAUGCUCGCCAGUAUUAAAAGAGAGUGAUCUGAUUCACAGAGCUGAAAUAAAGCAAGACGAAACAAGACUGUGAGGAACCCACUUACUGCCAUAGAUUUGCACUACAGGGUAAGCCCUCCCUGAAUCUUAUUCUUCCCUGUCAGAACCCUCUCCUGCUUUUAGAUUCACCCGGACUCACCAGAAAACACAUUGAUUACCGUCUUGAUCGUUUCUGACCCUUGAAUAAAACCUUUGCAGUGACGUUGUGGUCGUUCAACGUGGAGGAUUUAAGAGAUUUUGUAAUUCAUUACAGUGAAUCUCAUUUAAACUUCAACGGGUGUGAAAGUCUUAUUUUUUUAGACUGUUGUGUAAAUAUUUGACUUUGUUCUAGAGCUGAUGAUAAAAAAAACUGACAGGGUUCUACCUUAAUAUGUGCUCAGAAAAUUUAAGUUGAAUAUAAAUGUAUGCCUUAGUAAAAAAAAAAACUGCAAUAAUCCCUGAAAAUAUUUUGGGGGGAAAUUGCACAAAUGUUGCUGGUGAUAUUUAAAUUUUCAUUCCAGAUUUGCUCAACUGAAGCCCAGGAUGUGUUUGGAAAUGUAAACUCUUUUCGUCUACUGAUUAAUCUGCUCUCAAGAAGAAGAAGAAGAAAAAAUAUCCUGCAGAUUAAACCUUUUAAACGUGAAAAUUGUCUGUAAAUGGUGUGUAAAUACUCUGAACAAUUUUAUUUGGCUUUUGGCAAGAUGUAAAUUUUAAUAAACACUGUCAUGGAAACAA